AUGGAAAAGACUAGCUCAAGGAACAUCAUCAAAAAAAACCAAGAGCAAAUCAUUUCAAUUAUCUCUACGGAGCCAGCGAACGAUGAUAUUGAAGAAACAAUAUUGAAAGCAAAUUAUGUCUCAACCCAAGAAAAGCAGAUUAAUGUUUUUGAAGCUUUGAAAAGGUAUCCAAAAGAGAUUUUUUGGUCUUGCUUAUUCAGCUUGGGCUUGGUGAUGGCCGGUUAUGAUGCACAGAUUAUAUCCUCAUUGUAUGGUUUGAAUGCAUUCAAUGAGUACUUCGGCAGCAAGGACAAAGAUGGUGUCAAAACACUCUCGGCGGCAUGGCAAACUGCUCUUGGUAUGGGUACACCUAUCGGUCAGAUCUUAAUCAUUUUUUUCGCAUAUCCCUUGGAAAAAUUUGGUCGCAAAAGAACCUAUGGUGUAACGGUCCUUGGGUGUAUAUGUCUCGUGUUCAUGCAAUUCUUUGCUUCUAAUAUUCUGGUCCUAUGCGCUGGUGAAAUUUUAGCUGGUAUUCUAUGGGGUGGCUGUGUUCUAAUAGGGCCAACAUAUGCUUCAGAAGUUAGUCACACAUCAAUAAGAGGUAUUUUGGAAGCUGUAAAUAAUCUUGCUUUUGUAAUCGGUCAGUUCAUUGGAAAUGGCGUUAUGGAUGCUAUGUCUAGUCGUAAUGAUAUUUAUUCAUUUAAGAUACCUUUUGCUGUUCAAUGGAUUUGGCCCGUCAUAAUUUGCUCCUUUCUAUUUUUUGCUCCUGAAUCUCCAUACUGGCUAGUGAGACAAGGAAAAUUAGAUGAAGCCAAAAUCGCUUUAAAAAAGUUGAGCUCCAGAGAUGAGAAUGAAACCUUCAUCAAUGACCGUCUUGCACUAAUUCAGGAAACUAAUGAAUUGGAGAGGCAAUUAGAAGAAUCCACUUCUUAUCGGGAUUUGUUUAGAGGAACUAAUGGCCACCGCACCGAAAUAUGCUGCAUGGUUUACUGUAUUCAAAUCUUUUCCGGGAUUCCGUUGUGCAUGAAUUAUUCAACUUAUUUUUUUGAGCAGGCUGGUCUUAAUGAAAGUGAGGCUUUUCCAUUAUCUCUCGGAUCUACUGCAAUAGGUUUUGUUUUCACCUGCUCUUCCUGGUUUCUCAUGUCUUAUGUUGGUAGGCGAACACUUUUCACUUCAGGUCUCAUUGCCACCACGAUUCUUCUAUUUUUGAUCGGUUUCUUGGAUAUAGCUCCGACAUAUGAAACAAACUCAGGAAUUCGGUGGGCGCAGGCCUCUUUCGUUCUUAUCUGGUCCGCAUUUUGGCAGGCUACCUUGGGUCCAGUGAUGUACGUCUUUAUUGGAGAGAUUCCUUCGACUAAACUAAAAGGAAAGACAAUAGCUUUCGCGACCGCUAUGCAAUCAAUAACGGCCCUAGUUUUUACUAUUGUUAUGCCCUACAUGUUGAAUCCCGAUGAAGGAAAUUUGAGAGGUAAAGCAGGUUUUGUGUUUGGAGGGAUGUCAUUAAUUUGUAUCGGAUGGUGCUACUUCAGGCUUCCAGAAACCAAGGGAAGAACUUUCGAUGAAAUUGAUGUAAUGUUCCAUCGAAAGAUCAGAGCCAGAGAUUUUUCAGAAUAUAAAGUUUUGAAUUACAGUGAAAAGACUCCUGAUGAUUUCAGUAAAGAUCAAAUUAACGACAUUGAAACUAAGCAUGUCUAG